AAUGGAGAUUACACCAGCCAAAGGCAAGAAAGCUCCUGUAAAAGCUGUUCCUGUGAAGGCCAAGAGCACAGGAAAUGAAGACGAAGAGGAGGAUGAAGAUGAAGAUCAUAUUAAAAAAACACCUGAUAAACAGAAGAAGAAAAUGGCCAAACAGAAGGCUUCCCCUGAAACCAAAAAACAGAAAUUAGAAGCUGAACCACCUGUAACUUUCAAACUGUUUGUUGGAAACCUGAAUUUCAACAAAACUGCUGCUGAACUAAAAACUGGUCUCAGGGAAUUUUUUGCUAAAAAUGAACUCACAGUUGUUGGUGUCAGAGUCAGCUCGUCCAGGAGAUUUGGUUAUGUGAAUUUUAAAUCUGUUGACGAUCAGGAAAAAGCCCUGGAACUCAGUGAGACAAAGGUCCUUGGGUAUGAAAUUAAAUUGAAGAAACCAAAGGGAAAGGAAACAAAAAAAGAUCGAAAUGCCAAAACACUUUUGAUCAAGAACUUGCCUAGCAAGGUCACUGAGCAUGAACUAAAGGAAGUGUUUGAGGAUGCUUUUCAAAUCAGAUUUCUGAGCAAUGAUGGGAUAAGUAAAAGAAUUGCCUAUAUUGACUUCAAGUCACAAGCUGAUGCAGAGAGAACCUUGGAAGAGAAGCAAGGGACAGAAAUUGGAGGGCUUGCCAUAGUUCUGGAGCAUGUUGGAGAGAAAAAUCAAGGCCAAGAAGAGAGGGCCAGGAAGAACAGAAGUUGGAGAGGAAAACAAAAGAUAGAACAAGAAAGCCACACAUUUCAAGAAAAAUGGGAGAGAGCUUAUUUCUUUGUGGAGGUUCUGAGAAGGCCAGAGAAACCCUGCUGUCCUGGGAAGGAGCGACAGAUCAUGUCUGAUGACAGCCUCCCAGCAGUGGUCCUGGAACCACUAAGGAGCAUGAAGAAGCUCAGCUGGAUCAGCCCCACUGAGCAAAGAGAAAGAUGGGGGUGA